AUUACGCCUGUGUACACCAAAACUGUACACAACUGAGCAACAACAUCACAGAAAGAGUACAAAGUUUGUUUUCUACGAAGACGGCAUUGACCAAAGUCCAGGAUGAUCUGCUGAGAUCAGUCGGUGCACAGAUUCCCGAAAACGAUGUCAUCCUUUUGACUGCAGUCUCAAGCAACCAUUACGAUGAGAUGCAGGCCAUGUUACACUCCCUCCAUAGCGUGGUCUUUCCAGAACUGAUGAAGACUGAAAACUUCUCUCUGGUUUUGUGGGAUAUCGGGCUAACUUCAGAUCAACGACAGAAGACAGAAAAAUGUUGUCGCUGUCAGGUCGUUUCUUUUCCCUUCGAGAAAUUCCCAAAGCGCAUGAGGGAUCUACGUUGUUAUAUGUGGAAACCACUAGUGAUACGAAUGACACAGUUACGUGCCAGAAAAUACGCAGUCUGGCAAGACGCAUCAAUAAGGUACAUUCGUUUCCCUGGUCCAGUUUUCGAAAAGGGGAGACUGCAUGGACUGCAAUUGAUGAGACAGAAGGCUGGAGUGUCAACUCCACACAGAACACUCCCAGAGACUUUCGCCUACCUGGGGCAGAAGGCGUGCAGCUUUUAUCAAUAUCCUGAAAUCGCUUCAGGAUUUGGUGUAUACAAGCAUAACGCUUUUGUUCUGACAGCUGUGACCAACCCCUGGGCCAGGUGUGGCUUUGAAGAGGAGUGCAUGUGUCCAAAGCCGUCUAUGGCAUCUUACAGAUGUGUUUAUGGACCUUGUCAUAGGUUCGACCAAUCAGCGUUGACAAUUAUAACUGCCACUUUGUACAGUUCAGAGAUGUACAGAAUUCUACUGUUCGAGACAGAUUUAAGACAAUUUUUCUGGGUUGGCAGAAACGACAAGGAGAUGAAUUAUUUCAACAGCACCGGAUGUCUUUCGUGA